AGGAGGUGAAGGUGAAGGCACUAGCAGCUCCAGGUCCAGCAGAACCAGCAGCUCCGGUACCGGUACCGGUCUGAUCCCGAACAGAACAGGUGGUUCUGCCAGACCACGUGACCCGCACCGGGACCGGGACGUGUUCGAGUCCAGUCGGAACCAUGGAGCUCAGCGCGGCUAAGACGGCGAUGCUAACCGGCGGGAUUCUGGUUCUGCCGGUUCUGGCCUUCGUCACCUCCUUCCUGUUCUGGCCCGGAGUUCUGCUGAAAGGCUACAACUGGUUCUGGCGCCGGCGGCUCGGUCUGCAGGUCCGGUUCUCCCACAGCGGGUCCUACCGGUUCUGCUACUCCAGCCGCGGGUCAGUGGGGACAGAACCCACUCUGCUGCUGCUGCACGGGUUCUCUGCUAGCAAGGACAUGUGGCUGCCCGUCGCCAAGGUAACCAGUCACUCACACCAGUUCUUUCUGGUUCUGGUUCUGGUUCUGGUUCUGGUUCUAAACCCCUGGUUCCCCCAGUUCCUCCCCAGGAACCGUCACCUGGUCUGCGUGGACAUGCCGGGUCACGAGGGCACGAGUCGGACCGGCGCCGAGGAUUACAGCAUCCUGGGCCAGGUGGCCCGGAUCCACCAGUUUGUGCGGAGCAUCGGUCUGGACCGGACCCCCUUCCACCUGGUGGGGACGUCCAUGGGGGGCAACGUAGCGGGCGUUUACGCCGCCUGCCACCCGGCCGACCUGUCGGGCGUCACCCUGGUCUGUCCAGCAGGUCUGGUGUACCCGGCCGACUCCCGGUUCAUCACCCUCCUGAGGGAGCUGGAGCAGAGCGGUGCUGACCAGAACCUGGACCAGAACCUGGACCAGAACAUCCCCCUCAUCCCCUCCACGCCACAGGCGCUGGAUGACAUGCUGGCGCUGUGCUGCCACACCCCCCCCAAGCUGCCCCGACAGGUUCUGCGGGGUCUCCUGGACAACCGGAUCCCCAACAACGGCUUCUACAAGGAAUUGUUUCUGCAGAUCGUGGGUCCAGAUUCCCGCAACUCCCUGCAGGAUCACCUCCCCCUCAUCUCCAGCCCCCUGCAGGUCGUCUGGGGACGGGAGGACCAGGUUCUGGACGUCUCCGGCGCGGCGGUGAUCAAGGCGGCGCUGCCUCAGGCCCGGGUGGAGCUGCUGGACGACUGCGGCCACUCAGUGGCGCUGGAGAGGCCCAGGAAGCUGGCCAAGCUGCUCCAGGACUUCCUGUCCCCGCAGGAACCCGGGGACAGGAACUUCCUGUCCUCGCAGGAACCCGGGGACGCCGACGCCAAGAAGGUUUCCUGAAGAAUCCCCGGUCCGGGUCCGGGAGGAUUUUACUUCCAGUUUCUCGUCGUCUUCAGGGACGACUCGUCUUUAAAGUUUAUCACCAAACCUUAAAGACUGGAGUUAAACUGGUUCUGGAGUUAAACUUGUUCUGGAGUUAAACUAAGUUAAACUUGUGGUUUUUAUCAGGAAUGUUGAACAUGUUUGACCUUAUGGAGGAUUUUAGGUGCCAAAAUUAAAUAAAUAAAUACAUUAUUAAUUAACUAAUUGUAAUUAACUAAUGUUUCAUUAAUUAAUUAAAAUUGGAAUUAAAUAUGUCAUUAAUUAAUUAAAAUAAAUUCAUUUUAAGUAAAAAAAUAUAUUUAAUUAUUUCAGUAUUUCAUUAAUUAAUGACACAUUUAUUGAAUGAAUGAUAUAUUUAAUUAAUUAUGUAUUUAUUUAUUUAAUUUUGGCACUUAAAAUCCUCCAGAGAUUAAAACCUUAAAACCAGUUAGUUCUGUGUAGUUGAAGUUCUGAUGACGUCACAGACAGUUUGUUUACCAAUUUUGCCAAAGAGCCAACAUUGUAAAGAUGUAUCACUACGCUGCGACAAUGAGAACAACUAAGAAACAGUUAGGUUUUUUUUAUUUAAUUAUUCCUUUGAAAAUAUCUCAUGAUCAUAAUUAGAAACUCUUCAACAGGUUUCAGGUUUCUUGGAUAUAUAAGUAAUAAAGUAAUUAUGAGUAAUUAAGAUUAUAGUUGACAUGUGAUGUAAAUAUUCAGGAAUAAUGGGGCUAACUGGAAAUCUGUUAACGUGUGAGCAUCAUUUCAAAUGAAAGGUUAGGAACUGGAAUUACAUUUAAUUUAACUUUUCUGCAAUUACUUUGAGGGUCAUGUACUACGGAGGAAUAUUAGGGCCGGUCAGGAGAAAAAUA